GCGUAGCUCGUCACUUGAAGCGAGUGCGCGUGCGCUGUCUCCGUGGGCCGAGGUGGGGAACAUGGCCGCGCGGCUCCUGUGGGCGGUCCGGCGGCGGAUGCAACCCCUCCUGGCCUCGAGUGCUGCAUCUGACGGCAGGGGAUGGCUGCAUCCUUUCAGCACUGCUACCCAGAGAACUGCUGGUGAGGACUGCAAUUCUGAGGACCCUCCUGAUGAACUUGGGCCCUCUCUUGCAGAACGAGCCUUAAAGCUAAAAGCUGUUAAACUGGAGAAGGAAGUCCAAGAUUUAACAGUGAGAUACCAGAGAGCUGUAGCUGAUGGUGAAAAUAUAAGAAGGCGAACCCAGAGAUGUGUAGAAGAUGCCAAGAUAUUUGGCAUUCAGAGCUUCUGUAAGGACUUGGUAGAGGUGGCAGACAUUUUGGAGAAGACUACAGAGUGCAUUUCUGAAGAAACAGAGCCUGGGGACCAGAAGCUCAUUCUGGAGAAGAUCUUCCGAGGGUUGUCACUUUUAGAAGCAAAGCUGAAAAGUGUGUUUGCCAAACAUGGCCUGGAGAAGAUGACACCCAUUGGUGACAAAUAUGACCCUCAUGAGCAUGAACUCAUCUGUCAUGUGCCAGCUGGUGUAGGGGUGCAGCCUGGCACCGUGGCAUUAGUAAGGCAAGACGGCUACAAGCUUCAUGGCCGCACCAUUAGACUUGCCCAGGUGGAAGUGGCAGUAGAGUCUCAGAGGAGACUAUGAAUGGGCCAUGAGGAACUGAGUGUUCUCCCAGCAUGCAGUCACCUGUGAUUCUUUUAUUUAUUAAACUAGGUUUGUAUUGUACAUGAGGUACUUCAUGUAAUCUGUUUUGGAUUUAGUCAUAUUGGCUUUAUUUCUAAGAUACUCUGUUGAUUUAAUGUGACCUGUUUGGUCUCAUCAGAAGUCUUGCCAUUGGGCAUUUGAACAAUGUGACAAGGGUUCCUGUGGCCUUAUCAAAAUAUGUUUAAGAAAAUUAUUUUUAAACUGGUACUCUGAUGACUUUCAACCCAAAAUCCUUUCUAAAGGUGGAAAUGAGUAUAUGUUUGUGUAUUUUCAACUUAAUGUUCCCUCCUAAUGGUCCCUAUAAACAAAUUGUAUAGGAUCUUGUGUUUUGUGGGAAAAGCAGAUGGUAGGGAUUGGUUCAACAUUUGGGUACUUAGAUGAUAAAGCUUUAUAGUUGUAUGCAUUUAGACCAUGUGGGUUGAUUUUUAUGCACAGAGAUUUUUCAGGACUUCACUUUUUUAUUUUCCUUUUAGCCAUCUUUUGUCCUUGUAGUUCUGCCAGGUAGGCUUCAUAUUCACACUCAUUGUCCCUUUUCAAAUCCCACGUACAAGGCUAAAGGCUCAGGCAAGACUUGGAAGGAGGGAGCAUCAAGAAGUCGAGAUACCAGGUCCCUUUCAGGCAAGUAUGGCCAAGAAACCUUGUGCUUUCUUGCUAAAUUAUCUUCAGAUUAUUUUCAGCCUCCAUAGGUUUAUUAUCAUUUCAGGGAAAUUGCGGCAGCAGCGAUAGCUAAUAACCUACAUCAGUCUGUACAGGUAAUUUACUCACAACUUCUCUUUCUACUAGCUCUUAAAUUCUCUGCCACUUUGUCAGAUUUACCUUAUGACCCUUUAUAAGAUUAUGUGGGGAGGUGUCAGGACAAAAUAUAUUAGGUUCCCAUGAUUUCUUAUUUCAUUUAGUUUUGCUGGGUUGGGGGGUUCUUUUGUGUGUGUUUUUGGGGGGUCUUUUGGCACUCACAAUUCACUACCUCUCUUACAUUGAUGAGUUUUAUUUUCUAGUUUUUGUUGUAUCUGUCUCAUGUCAGAUGUGUAAACAUCUAGCUCCCCUUUUAUGUAUUGACCUCCUAGAGUUAAUGAGCCUAUGUCUUUAUUUUUUAUUUCAGUCUUGCUGAUAGAUGGUAUUCUGUAAAAGAUUUAUUCAAUAAAUGAGUUAGUAAAUGAAUGAUAUAUCAGACUUUAGAAAGGAGGUCAUUAUGGAUAUUUUAAUGUUAGAAGCGGCCUUGCCCUUUCAGCUUCUUCUGAAGUGUGAAAACAUAGUCUUUUUAGGACUGGACUCAAAGAAAAAAAAAACUCUAAAAAUAAUAAACUAAAUUUCAGAGAGAACUUGAGUAAGAAACAACUAGAUAUCAACUUUAAUCAUUUAAGAUUCAACAGUUCUAUAAUAAAUAUGCAAAUAAUUCAUCCAGCAGACAAUUAAUGUUGUUAGGUGUCCAGAUUGCCCAGGUUUAGGUACAAGUUAGUUACCCAUAAAAUAAAUCCAUCUCUGCUAGAACUCUGUGACCCCAUUCCAUGAGGUGGUGAAAGCUAUCCUCUUAGACAUCAUAGAUAGUUCUAGCAUACCACACAGACAUGUAUCAACAAAGCCAUCCCCAAUGGGUCCUACCAUUUUCACCAGAUUUAGACACUUAAAAAAACAAAUACAUGCUUCGAAGAUGCAAACAAAGACUAGUGGUGAGAGUUUAAAACCAGAGCCUCUUUUGGCAUUCCACUAAGACAGACUAAAUUUAAUGAGCAUUCAGAUUUCACAGUAGGAAUUUGUGCAUUUUUUUGCCUUCAUUCCUUUGAGAUUGACACAUGGUAACAAGAAAAUGAGCCAAUUAUAACUACCCAUGUGUUCUUGGAUUACUAGCUAUCAUUACCAAUAAAUUAGAAUAACCAUAAGUUUAGGUGUGGAAUGGUCUGAUUACUUGAAGAGUUUUUUAAUAUUCCUUGCAACUUCCUGUCUUAGCAAGUAUUUGAAUGAGAAUAAUUUUAGGUUCUUCUAUUAUUCAGUAGUUUUGCAGACUUGAAAGUAUAAAUUUAGAAGAUGGAGCUAUAACAGUGUGAAUCUCAAAAAGUUGAAGGGCUUUCAGGAGCCAGCGCAGCAUUGCCGAGACAUACAGGCAUCAACUUGAACAUAAUCCCCAGCUCAAUCACUUCAAUCUUCUGAGCCUACUUCCUUGUUUGUAAAAUAGUUACAAUUCUCAAAGUAUUUCGAGGAUUAAAUGAAAUGUGCAAAUUGCCUAUUACAGUAGGCCCUCAUAUAUUUAUUUUUAUUGCUUUUAUUAUACACAUUGUUUUUCCUAUGUUGUUAUAGUUGCCUAAAGUCUAGGGAAAGGGGAAGACUGGUUAAGUGGUGCUUGACUGUUUAAAAAAAA